CAGAAAAUAAAGCGACCGAGGCGAGCGAGAGAGGGAGGCAGAGCUGGAUUUGGAGUUCUUUUUCUCGCAAUCAAUCCCACAAUAAAAGAGGAAAAUCUUCGACCCAGUUCUCUCUCGCUCAAAUUGUUUUCAAACAGGGCAUUGAAAUUUCCGGUGGUGGUGCUAUCUUGUUUUGGUAUUCGAGUUUUUCAAGAACAUUUGGGUGGAGGGGUUUCUGGUUUCGCGCUCGGGAUUGAAAUUAAUGUGAAAAAUGAACAGCAGAAGGGAAGAAGAAAGGAACGAGAAGAUUAUAAGGGGUCUUAUGAAACUCCCUCCCAAUCGCCGAUGCAUUAACUGUAACAGCUUGGGGCCUCAGUAUGUGUGCACGAACUUUUGGACGUUUGUCUGUGUUACUUGCAGUGGAAUACACCGAGAGUUCACACAUAGGGUUAAGUCAGUUUCCAUGGCUAAGUUCACUUCUCAAGAAGUGGAUGCUCUUCAAAAAGGUGGAAAUCAGCGUGCAAAGGAAUUAUUUUUGAAGGCCUGGGAUCCAAAUCGGAACAGACUACCAGAUAAUAGCAAUGUUGAUAAACUUCGUCUGUUCAUCAAAAGUGUGUACAUCGACAAAAAGUAUUCUCUGGAAAAGCCAUCUGAUAAGCCUCCAAGAGAUCCACAGAGCUUAAGAAGCCAUCGUGAAGAUGAGACAAGGAGAGCUAGCUCAUAUCAUUCAUACUCCCAAAGCCCUCCAUAUGAUUUUCAAUACGAAGAACGGCAAUAUGGGAAACAUGCUCCUGGACUAACUCGAAGAGUUGGCUCAGAUCAUGGCCUUUAUGGUGGCAAGCUAGCUGGUUUCUUGAGUCCUACUCAUUUAAGCGAUGAUGGGUUUGCAAGUGAAGGGUCCUUCUCCCGAGCCUCGGAUUAUUCUGUUUCUGGUGGAGGUGAUGCUUUCAGAUCUGAUUUUUUUUCUCCUAGCCCCAAUAGAGAUGCUGCUGGAAGCCCGUUUAGUGAUGCUUCAGGAGAGAUGCCGAGCAAAAUUCCACCCCCCCACACAGCUGUACAUGAUUCAACUCGAAAAGGCAGAAGCAAUGAAGGAAGAAAUAGGUCUGCAUCUUCGGAAAGCUUUGCAUCAUUCGAUAGCAGUUCCACCUUCAAAUCUGCGAUUUCUCUGCCUAAAGGUGGUUCUCAUCCUGCUGCAUCCACUGAGGAUGCUCUUCAUAAAUCUUCAUCAUGCCCUUCUUUGCCGCAAUCAUCAUCGUCAGCGAACUUCAUACAGUUGGACCUCUUCAGUGCCCCUUUCGCACCUCAAGAUGUUGCUGGUAGGAAUACACACUCGCCACCAGCAUCAUCAGGUAAUUCCCAAUCUCCACCAGUAGACCUGUUUGCUGUUCCAUCUCAGGAGAAAUCAGAAAUACCACAGUCGCAAACCUUGGACUUGUUUGCUGCACCAUCUAAGCAGCAAUCAAAAUUACCUCAGCCUCCACCAGUGGACUUAUUCGAUACUCUAUCUCUGCAACAUUCGAAAAUGCCACAAACCUCACACUCCCCACAACCUCUGCUGGUAGAUUUGUUUGCGGCUUCUCCACAACAAUCAGAUAAUCCACAACCUCCGUCAGUAGACUUGUUUGCUGCUCCUCAGCCACAAUCGAAUUUAUCUCAACCUGCAUCAUUAGACUUCUUUGCAGCUCCACAGCAACAAUCAUCACAGGCACAAUCACUAACAACCCAACCUCCUCCUUUGGACUCUUUAACUGCUCUCAAUCAGCAACAGUCAGUUGGAUCUCACAGUGGAGAGGCUUCUAAUGUGGCAGUUCCUGGGAAUGGAGGAUGGGCGACAUUUGAUCUGCCGCCGAACAUGAGCAAGGAUACCCAGUAUUCUGUCCCUGCCACAGCGCCAUCUUCUGAUCGAAAUACUUCAGGGACCUUUAAUCCAUUCUCAGAUUACCCAAGUUCAUGUCAAGAUUCUUCUAGUCAUGGAGCAUCUUCAUUGGAGCAUGCUUUUGGACCUGGAAUCCUAAAAACUGCUGAUGUCAGCAGAAGUCAUACUGAUCUCUGGAAUGCAUUUGAAGAUUAUUCUGGAGGACAGAUCAACUCAGGCGUGCUAAAAAGUGAUGAAAAAGCUGCAGUGCCCUGUGUCUCUGAUGCCAAUCAAUCCCUUGGCUUUGGUGGAUAUGAGAUGUUAAAUAACGAUGGUAAUGUAAGAACACCAAGUCAUGUUGAACCACCAGCUGCUAGUGUGCCAUCAUAUGGAAGUACAAUGGCUGGUGCGCAUUCGUUGGUAACUGAUGUUAAACCUACCAAUCCAUUUGAUAUACCCUAUGACUCUGCCAUGGAAUCAAGCAGUAUGUCUCAGUUCUGGGACAUGAGCUCUUUGCAAGCCACUUUGCCAAACACCCAGAUGCCGACUUCAGAUGUUGAUGGGGUAGGAAAUGAAAUGUGGUUUCCCCAAGGUGCAGUGCCAUCCUAUGUACCUGGUGGAGUUUCAUUUGAUCCAUCAAGUGGAUCUUUGGGAUUCAUGGCAGGGCAAGCACCACCUCCUCAGAUACCGAAUGUUCAUCAUGCUCAAGGCCCUGUUGCUACUGCAUCAUCAUCAUCGUCCUCGUCUGCUGGAGGGAACCCUUUUGCAUAGAAUGAUGGAUGAUGAUUCAAAGGCUGUCAUUGCGAAGGUAAGUUCAAUGACGAAAAUUUCUCUCUUUUACUUGGAGGAAAAGGACUGGUUGAGUGACUAUACACAUGUACACAAACAAUAUAAGGACAUAUACUAAAAUCUGUCUGAGCUGAGAAACAUUUAUGGUUGUAGAUUUUGUUGUAUUCAUUCAUCAAUUUGGCUUGGUUGUGUAUAUGUGUGUGUAUUUGAGAGAGAGAGAGAGAGAGAGAGAGAUUAUAUUCAUCAUUUUGACAAAUAGAAAAUCCAGAGAGGAUGAAUGAGAUAUGAUGUUUUAGCCACAUUGGGAAAUAUUACUAAAUAUAUCAUUAUCUGGGCUUUUCCUCUUA